UGGCUUGGCUAAAGAGCUUCCUGCAGCAUGAGGGCUACAGGUGCCUUAGUGCUUCUCAGCCUGCUGCUGCUCUCUUUCUUCACGGUUCCAGAUGUAGCAGGUCAAGAGAUUGAAGAGAUCUGUAGGGAGUUCCUAAACAGAAGCGUGUACUGCACGAGGGAGUCCAACCCUCACUGCGGCACGGAUGGCGUCACGUAUGGGAACAAGUGUGCCUUCUGCAAGGCAGUGCUGAGAAGUGGAGGGAAAAUAAGAUUGAAGCACCUGGGGAAAUGCUGAGUCCUGCCUGGACCGAGCAGCAGGAGCUGAGCCGCCCUCGACCGCGGACACGGGAGCAGCCUGUCCUCCCUCUGCUGUCUCUGCUCAAUAAAAUAACACUCAGCACCA